AUGUUUUCUCAAAUCAUCGGCGUCCUCGCCCUCGCAGGUGCAUCCACCGCAGCUAGCCUCCAGCGCCAUGACUUCCCAGCCAGCAACGUUACCGUGCUCUCCCUGGACAAGAACUACAACUCGACCGGCGGCGAAGGCCAUGUGGCAAUCGGAGGAGUUCUGAGCCCCUUUGGCAGCAUUGGCGCUGGAUGCGGUGUGAACUGGGAUAAUGGAGUUGCAUACGGCGGUGGUCUCCAAGCAGGUUCAGACGCCUUUGGUCUCGGCGGCGGUUUCAAGAUCACUCCUACGACCUUGGAAGUUGGUACUGGAUUCGGCAUCAACCCAUCCAACUCGAGUGCAGACGUCACCUUCACCGGCCAUACGAAUGGAACGUUCCAGUUGAGAUUCUCUUCCUCUAGCCCCUUUGCCUGCGUGCCGUCGAAUGAGGAGGGAAGUAACGUUGUUGUGUGCACCACGUCCUAG